UCUACUAUGGAGUCAAACUGCUGCUUUUUGUUAGGAUGCUUUUUCCAAAAGUGUGGUUUCCCCUAUCAAAGUCCUUUUUCACCUCUAUGGGAGAGUGGGCAGUGGUGACCGGAGCUUCUGAAGGCAUAGGAAGAGCAUAUGCAUUUAUGGUAAGUGGUUGUUUAGAUGACAAUGCUUGUGUCUGCAUGUGUGACAAAAACAUCUGUACUUGAAAGUGCAUAGACAUCAAAGAUGAGUACAUAGUCAAGGUUAAAACACCCAUGACAUAAUAAAAUUUUAUAUGUAGCAGGUUUCUAUAUGUUUUUAUUUCCAAACCUGGGCAGCAAAGACUGUAUGUUGGCAUUUUUCAUUUCUCCUACCUUCCACUACUGCACUAUUGCUUCCCUCAGCUGGCUGAGCAAGGGAUGAACAUCGUAAUCAUGAGCAGAACCAAAGUAACAUUGGACCGGGUGGCCAAGGAAAUAAGUGAUACAACAGGGCAGAAGGUGAAAGUGAUAGUAACAGACUUUGUAAAGGAAAAUGUCUUCAGUGAAAUUGAGGAACAGCUUAAGGACCUCAACAUUGGGGUUUUAGUCAAUAAUGUGGGCAUGCUGCCCAACAUGAUCCCCUGCAAAUACCUUGAGACUGCAGAGCUGGACCAGACAAUUACAAAGGUGAUAAACUGCAAUGUCAAAACUGUAGCCAAGAUGUGCAAAAUAAUCCUUCCAGGCAUGGAGAACAGGGGGAAAGGGGUGAUAGUGAACAUCUCAUCUGGAGUUGCCUCUGUUCCAUUCCCCCUGUACAGCCUGUAUGCUGCAUCUAAGGUGUUUGUGGAAAGAUUUUCUCAAGGGCUUCAAGCAGAAUACAAAGAUAAAGGCAUCAUUAUACAGGCUGUGGCUCCGUUUGGGGUCUCCACUCGAAUGGCAGCUUAUCAGCAAACCAACAUGGUGACUCUGUCUCCAGAAGACUUUGUUAAAUACUCCCUGCAGUACCUCAGAGCUGGAGACAAAACACAUGGCAGCGUCUGUCACAUAGUUAUGGGCUGGCUACUGCAGACUAUCCCUCUCCAGGUUCUCCAUGCAGAGUGUAUGCUCCACAGUCUGCAGGACUAUGUUAAGAAGAAAGUAGCUCAAAGGAAGUGCAGAUUUUAAACAGGAGCAGCAAUGUUUAUAUUCGGCCUGAUUAUUUCAAACUGUGAAUAAAAUUGUUAUUAUAGAGCUGGUGAUGACAAACCUAACUAUUAGUAUUAAUUAUUGUAUAGUACCUCAUAGUUCUAUAGUGAGUAAGCCACCUUUGAGAAGCUCCUUAAUUAAUGAUAUUAAUUUUUUUGAUUCUCAGUGUUUAGAAGGACUGUUAUAUCAUUUUUUGUUCUGUUAGAAACAGCCUAAAAUGAUCCAAUCCAACUGUGCUGCUCAUUAAGUCUAUUUUUAUGAUAACUACACUAUUCUGUUUUUGAUCAUAAAUGAGUAUUAAUGAAAUCAUAUGUUUUAAUAUUGAGGUCAUAGUCAGCAUUGGAAAGAUCUUUCAGUAUAUAAAAUGUAGUGCAGCAAAUUGUAACUAUGACCUCAGCAAUAAACCUAUAAUCGAUCUGACACUUUUUCAACUGUGUCAAUGAAAAACAGAACAUUACGAGCUUUGUAGAAGUGAAAUGUAUGAUAGAGUCGUUGCACUGAAUUGCAAUAGAUUGUACAGGUCCACCUAAUAAAGUGGCCGUUGACUGCAAAUUUAUUGCACGCUUUCAUCUUGCUGUGGCAGUAAUAUGUAUAUGUAUAUUUGUGUAUAUUCCCUUUAAAUAUUCCAACUGCAAGUUAAGUACAGAAGAAAGAAAUGUGACUUAUAGUGCACCUGCAGUUACUCGUGAAAUGCUUUUGAUGCUGGGUAAUCAUAUUUCAGCAAUGACGAAAGCCGAGUUUAUUUGUUUUUUGUUGUGUUUUAUUUUCCUGGACAUUGUACAAAAUUUAUGAGCCUCUGAGAGUUACCAAAUAUAAUUUUGCUGUUUGCCAACAACAACAAAUAAAGGGUCUUCAUCUUAA